UCAUCAUUCUGACAUGUGUUCGCAUCGUGAGCAUUGCACCAACGUUUUUGUGAAUUUAAAUGGAGCUCUGGUGGAUUAACUAGACUAAAGUUGGUCAAACUUGGAUGUUAUCUUGAAACUACCUUCGGUUUGUGUAUUUUUUCAAAAUUGUAAAGCCGAACAAAGAUGUUGGACAACCGCAUUGUCGAUAUCCAUUUGGAACAAGCAGAGGAUGUUAGGGGCAAACAUGCAGGCAAAGAGCCCUUUGAAAAGCAGUAUCAGCUUGGUUUGCUGCUGGGGAGCGGUGGCUUCGGGUCUGUCUUCGCUGGCCAGCGCAUCUCAGACGGCUUGCAGGUUGCGAUCAAACAGAUAUCCACUGAUAGAGUACAGCAGUGGGCAAGACUGCCUGAUGAACCAAAACUUGUUCCCAUGGAGAUUGCUCUACUUCUGCGUCUGGCGGGUGAAACAAACUCAGGAAAAACUCAUAGUGGGAUAAUUCGGAUGCUGGAUUGGUUUGAGCUGCCAGGACGUGGGUUCCUAAUUGUCUUUGAGAGGCCACAACCCUGCCAGGACCUCUUUGACUUCAUCACAGAGCGAGGAUGUCUGGAAGAGCAUAUUGCCCAAAGGUUUCUGAGACAGAUAGUGGAAGCCCUGCAGUUCUGUGAAUCCCGGGGGAUUGUACACAGAGACAUAAAAGAUGAGAAUGUGCUAGUGGACACCCGCACUGGAAACAUCAAAAUCAUUGACUUUGGAUCUGGUGCUCUCCUCAAAGAAAGUGAAUACAGUGAUUUUGAAGGUACAAGAGUCUACAGCCCUCCUGAAUGGAUACUACACCACAGCUAUCAUGCCAGGCCUCUCACUGUGUGGUCACUUGGAGUACUCCUUUUCGACAUGGUCUGUGGCGACAUCCCUUUUGAGAGGGACUCAGAGAUUGUGCAAGCCAAUCCCAGUUUCACUAAACGCAUCUCAAAAGAGUGCCAGUCAUUAAUUCUGUGGUGCCUAUCAUAUAGGCCAGAAGACAGACCAAGUUUAGAAGACAUCUUGCUGCACCCUUGGAUGGAGACCUGUGAGGAUAUUGUAGACUUGUCAGAGGAACAGAACAUCACACCAAGCCUCUAAUUUCUGGAUAACUUCACAUGUCCAGCUUCUCAUUUUCUCCUCACUGACUGUUACUUAACAAUCCGUUCUGUGAGUAACACUGUGCCAUAGGAUUGUUCUGUUUCGAUAAGGCACAGUCUUCAGCUAGUUCAAGCUGUUAAUGCCUUGAUUGAAUUACCAAUAUUUGGGCCUAGUACAACGUGGAGGGUUAUCUAGAUGUUACUUUAUUUUGUAGUAAUGUUAAACAAUUGUGGAAAUCAGAAGAUUUUUUUUAUUAUUUAUUAGGGAGUUUAUUGUGUUAUUUAUUUUCAAAAUGGUAUGUUAUUUAUUGAUGAUCCAAGGCAUGGAAAAGUUUCUGAUACCUCCCAUUGUACUUCAAAUGCAGGCCAAGAAUGUUGGCAUUUAUUUGCCCUAAGACCAAAACUGAUACUUAAGACCUGGUUUUACAGGUAGUUGUAUCUAAGGAUUUUUCACCUUGUUUUAAGAGGUAACAAAGACCAGGGAUCCAGUUUCCAAUUCCCACCUCACAUAACAAUAAGACAGAGCACUACUGAUCCACUUUAAAAGACCUGAAGUACGUUAGAGCUUGGGAGUGGCAUCACUGGAUUUAAAAAGAGAUUCCUGUUGCUCCUGAAAAGCUUUGGGGUUGUUUCUUUUUCAAACUACAAUGUGUUGUUCUGCUCAUCAACAGCUAACCCACAGGAUUUCAUUUCUCUCUGACGUUCAGAUUGUCAAUACUAAAGAAAGAACCUUGAACAAGGAGUCAUUGUUUAACCCAGGACUAAGAAUGGUCUACAUGCCAUCAAGAGUGUAAUACUGGGCAUCAGCAAGUUCAAUUUAAAACAGCUUGUUUGAUCUGAUGUCUUUCUUUGGGUUGGAUACGUUUAUAACACGCCUGGGAGCAAUGUUGUGUUCAGUGGACAAAUCUCCCCACUAAAAAACAUAUACAGUUUGAAUUACAAUAGAUACAAUUGAUAGAAGUGCCUGUUAACCCAGAUGCUUGGGACGUUGGAGGGAAUUGAACAAAAGCAAUGUCACCCUUAAGUUAUUUUUGAAAAUCUGGGUUGUUUAGCCUGGGUUGUAACAGCUUGAUACUUGUGUAUUGUUUACUGUAAAUUGUUUAGGUAAUGUUAUUUAUUUCAAAUAAGAUUUUCACCUGAAUGUCUAUACACUGUAUAUACAAUGUUUGUAAAUAAAACAAUAUUUGUCACUAA